AUGUUUAUUACAAGGCGCCUUCUGCGUGCCUGCAGAAUUACUUUAUUCUCACGAGAUGACUGCGGCUUGUGCACGCAAGCUAAAGGGGUCCUUUCCGAUGUCUGGGAUAAGCGGCCGUUUCACUACACAGAAGUGAACUUGGCAAAGCCAGAAUUCAAGCAUUGGAAGAAUCUGUACGAUUUCGAUAUUCCUGUUAUACAUAUUAGCAAAGCAGAAGCUGCGGAAGAAGAUGUUAAUAAGACCGGAAAGGCUAUCAAAUUAAUGCACCGCUUCACGACAGAGCAAGUCGAGGCAAAAAUGGAUCAAGCUGAAGGCAUCUAA